AUGAAACCAUCGAUCAUCCUGCUUGGGGAGCAGAAUUGGGAUCAAUGGCGGACGUACAUUCGAGGUCGCCUCCUCACGAAGGGGCUGUGGUACGUCAUGGACGUCACCAAGAGCGGUGAUCGUCGGGUGGGCGAGUCAACCGAGGCAGCAAAGACACGCCUGCAGACGGAUAUGGACAAGGCCUAUGGGAUCAUCAUCGAAGGGAUCGAACCGUCCCAGUACCAAUAUGUCGAAGACGCGGUGACGGCCAUCGCCGCCUACAAGGCCCUCUCAGACCACCACAAGCCAAAGUCUAAGAUCGACAAGCUUGCCCUAUCAUCCGAGCUGCCGCCAGUGGCACGCAUGUUGGACUGUGUCCAUAUCGACGAAAAGUGGUUUUACAUCACCCAAGUCAACCGACGGUUCUAUCUUUGGCAUGAUGAGCCGCCACAACGAAAGGCCCAAUCAAAGCGUCACAUAACGAAGAUCAUGUUCCUUUGUGCCGUCGCCCGUCCUCGACAUGACAGUGCACACCGCAAGAUCUGGGACGGCAAGGUUGGGUUGUGGCCGUUUGUUGAGACCCAGUUGGCGAAACGUCGAAGCAAGAACCGUGAUCGUGGCACACCUGUUACCGUGCUGAUGACUGUCACCAAGCCAGUGUCGCCGUGGUGCGUUGAAGACGCGUUCGAGAAUCUUGCGUGGCGAGUUCUGGACAAGACGUUUAUGACUUUGCAAAAGGUCAUGGAAGAAGCAAUGAGGAGCAGUGGCGACAAUGUUUACAAGCUGCCUCACCUGAAGAAAGACAUUCAGUUCAAGACAGGGGUGACUGAGCUUCGUCCUUCGUGUGAUGAGGAUGUGCUUUUAGCUAUUGAGUCGAUGGAGAACCGCUUGAAAGACGAGCAGCGCCGGUGA